AUGUGCUCCUCUUCCCGCAAGAAUGCUGUUGUGGGUAAAUGUAUGACAAUGUGUCCAGAUGCUGAGAUUCGAUUUCGUCUCGCUAACAACAUGGUUCACGCGUUGGAGAAGUUGGAGGAAGGCACUUCCGAAAGUUCAAGAGACAUCCGAAACAAAAUGGUGAAGGAGUACACGCGACCAGCAGCCGGCUCUGAUCAUUUGCAUCCGGACAUCCUUCGACCUCCUAAAGUACUCCUUUCAACUGUCCGGUACUUGUUGAAACUCUACGAAAAUGGAAAGACCAAGCAAUUCAAUUUAGUUUACUCGUUUGUAUGCGAUCGUUUUCGAGCUGUUCGUCAGGACAUGAUUCUUCAAGAUGUCACUGCUCAAGAAACUUUGCACAUUCUCGAAGCGAUGAUUCCUUUUUAUCUAGAAACAAACUACAUAUGUCGAACUCGAAAGUGCGAUGUGUACGACUGGAAACUCCAUACCACCCAGAUGGAAGAAUGUCUUUCACGAUGGGAAGAAGCCAUGGCGGUUCUUCCACAAGAUUUUGGGAGCAGUCAAAUCCUAUGCGCCUAUAUUCUUCAUGGAAUCCCAAGUUCAAGAGCCUUGCUGGAUCUUUACUCAUGGAAGAGCUAUUUGGAUUGCGAUACUUUUGCCAUUCUUCGUGAUAUCAUCAUAGCUUUUCGCAGCAACAAUUACAUCAGAUUCUUCCGACGUCUAUCGGAAUUGCCAAGCGAUGCCAUAGCUGUUGCUGCCGUCGAGGCGGUUCUCAUACUUCGGCUUCGAGCUCUAAGCAUAAUCACAACCUCUUAUAAGUCCCCUGGUCUCAAAAUCCCUAAAAGCACUCUGGCAAAGUGGCUUCGUCAUAACGAUAUUUCCGACUUACUCUCUUGUUUUGGAGCUCCAUGCUCAGAUCUCGUUCCGAUUUCGUCUAUAGAUGUACAUAUUGUUCCUGGAGAAGACUCCAAAAGACUGCUUUCGAAGAUGUAUCUUUCAAACUCGAAUACGAAGAUGGAUGGAGUGGUUAUGAUCUCUGAUAUUGCUUGGAUCCAACGAGGAGUGCCAAAGAAAAUGCCUGACAAAAUAAAGCUGGACGAUGAACAGAUGAAGCAGCUUAUCAUGGGAAGUGUCCCUGACACGUCCGAUAUGGAGAGCGAUGACGAUAACACGGAAGAACCCAAGCGUGAACAAGGUAUUCGAGGAUCUGCACCAAACGAGGAAACAAGUGCUUGCGAAGAUUCAGAGAUGCCCGCGAAGAAGGAUGACGAGGAGCCAAAGCCUGAAAGCGGAAUGCGAGGAAUUGCGAUGUAUGCGUCGAAUGUUGAUGAUCCAUACGUAACGCUUCACGUUGAUAGUGAUGAAGAAGAGAAGGAGGAAAUAGAAGUGAAACCGGAUGACAACUUGGUAGCGUUGGCAAAAAUUGAUAGAGACAACUACACCCUAGAAGUUUACCUCUAUAAUGAAGAAAACGAGGACUGGUAUUGUCAUCACGAUUAUAUUCUAGAUGCUCCUCCUCUAUGUCUUGAACCAAUCCAACAUGAUCCGGGAAACGAUGAAACGGGGAAGGGUAACCUUAUUUCUAUCGGUACGAUGGAACCAGUAAUCAACAUUUGGGAUCUAGAUAUAAUGAAUUCAGUUGAACCUGUUGUCUCUUUAGGAUCAAGGGGCAAAGGUCGAAGGAAGAAACGGGACGGAAGUCAACAGGGUCAUUCUGAUGCUGUUCUCAGCCUGGCAUGGAACAGAAUCACGACACAUGUUCUAGCAAGCGGAGGCGCCGAUAAGCGAAUCGUUCUCUGGGAUCUGGACGAGGCAAAGGCAGCUCAAAUCCUACCAGAACGCGAUGCAGAGGUUCAAGCAAUGUCGUGGCAUCCGGCAGAGCAAUCUUUCAUGCUUACUGGUACCCUUGGUGGAGUUGUUGAAGUGAUUGAUUGUCGGGAUAAUAGCGGCUCGCCUUCAGCUGUUUGGAAUCUUGGCGCCCAAGUGGAGCAGGUGAGGUGGAACCAUUUCAAUCCCUUCUCGGCUUUCGUUGCUACGGAUGAUGGAAGCCUCCGGCACAUUGACAUGAGGAAACCCGGUGAAAUUCUUUGGGAAGGACGUGCUCAUGAUGGCAGUAUAGGAGGGCUGACACUUUCUGCCACAGUACGUGGUUUGCUAGUCACUGUUGGCCACGACCAGAUGUUGUGUGUAUGGAAAGUGCAAGAAGACGGAUCUAUUGUAAAAGUGUACUCUGAGAUCCAGCAUAUUGGCGAAUUACAUGCCGCCCAAUUUAACCCAGACGUAGCCACUGUGUGUUUGCAUUGGAGGCUCGUCGAACGACCUGGUCAAGUUGGUUGA